ACAAAGUUAUAUCACAACACAAGCGGGCGACCAAGCGUUGUGCUGAUUACAGUAAAGACAGGCUAACGGCAGACAAACAUCAAAGCCACUCGUUCUCAGCUUGCUUAGCGGCGUCCACUGAUUCAAAGCACGCGUGUCAUACGCGAUACCUGAGAACCGAAGCUUCCCAAGUGGCUUACAUUUUCAUAGCGGCACCAUGCCUCAUGCUGCAGCGACGGGAUGGAAUUAUGUCAGUGCCAUGGCUGUCAGACAUGCCAGGAUCCGCACCCGUAGAUUCGCAACAUCGCUCAGGACUCAAUCUGGAAUUAACGCCCCAGAAGCAAUUCUCGCAAAACCAAGCUGGUCAGUCGCCGCGCUCUUGUCACCACACCAUGGCUCGUCGAGACCGCCAGCUGUCACGACACAGCAAUUACACCACUUGCUUCGACUCUCAGCUCUGCCCCCUCCAAGGAACGAUGAGGAGGAGCGCGAAAUGCUAGCAACUUUGUCCUCUCAACUACGUUUUGUGCAGGAGGUACAGAACGCCGACACGACCGGUGUCGAGCCUCUGCAAAGUCUGCGUGAUGAAACGGCCGCGGGCGAGCAAGAGGCCGAAAUUGGUCUGUCGACAUUGGAGAAAGCCCUGGCACAAGAAGACAUUAGAGGUACCCAUCAUCGUCGGGUUCGAAGACGCGCAGCUCCUUCAAACGUAGAGCAAGAUGAGACAUGGGAUGUUAUCGGCGCCGCGCGGAGACGAGUUGGACCAUACUUUUUUGUGGAAGGAGAGGAUAAGAAAUGAAAAAUUCUCGAUCUUUGAUGGAAGAGAUGAAGUUCUUAUGGGGCGAAGUAAAGGUGUCGCCAGCCAUGCACUUCGUUGAUCGCUGUAUCCCCGCCGGUCUAGGGUGUAUCACGACGAUUGUGGUUGUCGUGCAACGUAAGAGAAAGCCGCCUGCUGAAACGCCAUUCACCGUGUGCCGAAAGCCAUCACCAAUCGCAGGCUUCAGCAAUGAUCUGUGCAAAUUCCUCAAGAUACUUCUGAUCUUCCAGAUCGAAGCCCCCCUUCACAGCGCAAUCAAGGUCAAUGAUGGCGACCAGCUUAGGCUGAUGUCAGUCACCUGAUACAUCGAAGUCAAAAGUCAGAUACUCACUUUGCCAUCGCGGACAAUUGGAACCACAAUUUCACUCGCAGACUCGCCGUCGCAAGCAAUAUGACCAGGGAAUUCCUCUACGUCGGGAACGAGCUGCGUCUGCUGUGAGGCUGCGGCUGC